AUGGACUUGCUUAAUCAAAUAGUACUUGAUCCCAAAUACCACGACAUUCUUUCCGUUUUGAAAGGAUUUCGUAGUGGUAUUGUCUAUGGUACUAAAGUGAGAUUCCCUCACGCUCUUGUUAUGACAGUCUUGUUUAAAACGGGCUCUUUGGAGAGCAAAGUCAAGGGCAUUUUUAAGGCUACUAAGCAACAUGCACAAAACUUGGGUAUGUUUGCUACUAUCUACAAGACCCUUAUGAUUAUCCAAAGAAAAACAAACGGUGGUAAGGAAGCCAGCAUUCACCCUUUUAUUGCGGGUGUUGUUGGUGGUUAUUAUGUAUUUGGUGAAAACAACAGUAUCAACCAACAAAUCAUUCUCUAUCUCUUUUCAAGAGUGGUUUUGGCUCUUGUUAAGGUCCCAGUAAAGAGACAGAUUAUUGAUGCGCCUCAACAUACAUAUCCUGUCUUUGCUGCUGUUGUUUGGGGCAUUGUGAUGUGGCUGUUUAGAUAUGAGAAAGACACAAUUCAACCUUCCCUUAGAGCCUCUAUGCAGUAUAUUUAUCGUGAUUCAGACACUUGGUCUUCAUUCAAGACUUUAUUGUGGCACAACAAAUAG